GUUCGAAAAUUCCGUAACCGCGCUUCGGGUCAAGCAGUCUUGCUUUUUAUUUGUUGAUAGCGGCUCACGCAGAUAGAUUUCGUAACUUACUUUUAAUUAGAACAUUAGGCCAAUGUAUUUUCUGUGAAAAGUGACAGCUCAUUGUCCUAGAAAUCUGCAGUGUUUGUUUGCAAGUCAUUGUCGGUCCUUGUUUUCUGUGUUGGCAAGGCAGAAGGCUGUAGAAUUCCUGUGUUGGUGUGGGUUCUGUGGUCUGCUCUGUAAUCCGGAUCUUGGUCCGGUCAGGGUGCAUACUUUGAGUUGGGCGCAUUUCUUUGUUGGGAUUUUGAAACAAAUUAAAGAAUAUCAAAAUAUCAAUUAAUUCUGACUUGAGGAUUGUGAGCUUUGUUCCUGCUUAAAUGUCAUUAAGCUUUUGUUACUUGCUGCCUACGGCGUAGUUAGGCACCUACCUAGUGGCUAGCUGGAAUUUUUACAUUCAUUCGUUCACAAAACUUGUGAACCAGAACUGGCUUUAAGCAGGCAUCUUGCUUGCGUGCUUUUAACAGUCCAAGGUGUGCACAGUGCAGCCAUGCGUCUGACUGUGACAACUGUGUCUGGAGAGUUGUACCAGCUGGACGUCAGCGAUGAUCUCGAGCUGGAGAACCUCAGGGCUUUUGUUCAGGUGGAGACGGGUAUCAGCUCGGACCAGAUGAUUCUGCUGCACGACGGCCGCCGGCUGACGGACGACAAGAAGAGCCUGCGCGACACCGGCAUCAAGGAGGACGACGUGCUGCUGGUGGAGGCGCUGCAGCCGCCGGCCGCGCCUCCCGUCCAGCCGCAGCCCGGUGGCGGCAGCGGCGCGACGGCGGCGCAGCAGGAUGACCCGCGCUUCAUCCGCGACAUGUUCCUGGCCAACCGCGACCAGCUGGCACUGCUCAAACAAAACAACCCGCGGCUGGCCGACGCCCUGCUCAGCAACGACCUCGAGCGUUUCACGGCGGUGCUGAACGAGCAGCAGAAGGCGCGCGCCGACCGCGAGCGGAUGCGCAUGCGGAUGCUGUCGGCGGACCCGUUCGACGCCGAGGCGCAGCGGCUGAUUGCCGAGGAGAUUCGCCAGAAGAACAUCGACGCCAACAUGGAGGCGGCGCUGGAGCACCACCCGGAGAGCUUCGGAUCCGUGGUGAUGCUCUACAUCAACUGCCGCGUCAACGGACACCCCGUCAAGGCCUUCAUCGACUCGGGCGCCCAGACAACCAUUAUGUCAGCGGCGUGCGCCGAGCGGUGUCACAUCAUGCGCCUGGUGGACACACGCUGGUCCGGCGUGGCCAAGGGCGUCGGCACGCAGCGCAUCCUCGGUCGGGUGCACAUGGGUCAGAUCCAGAUCGAGGACGUGUUCCUGACGUCGUCGUUCUCUAUCCUGGAAGAGCAGCCCAUGGACAUGCUACUCGGACUGGACAUGCUGAAGAGACAUCAGUGUCUGAUCGAUCUGAAGGCGAACGUGCUGCACAUCGGCACCACGUCCACGAGCACGCCGUUCCUCUCGGAGUCGGAUCUGCCGCCGUGCGCGCGGCUCAGCGGCGGCACGGAGUCGGGUGGCGAGCCCAUGGAGACGGCCGACGCCGAGAUGGCGCGCGCGCUGAGAGAGAGCGCCGCAGCCGCCGCCGCCGCGUCGGGUGCGGCUGGCCCGUCUGCCCCUGCUGCCGCCCCCUCCCCCAACCCCGCCUCUGCUGCUGCCCCGGCCGCCCCCGCCCCCGCCGCCUCCGGGGCCGGCGCUGGGGAUCAGCUGACGCCAACAGACAAGUUUUCCGAGGCUGACGUGGCGUCAAUAGUCAAAUUGGGCUUUACACGUCAGCAGGUCGUCCAAGAGCUAAGAAGGUUUAACGGUGACACGACUCAGGCGACGGGCGCGCUGCUGGCCCGCUCGCUGCAGCUGCCCAAGCCCUGACACCGCCUGCCACCCGGUGGGGCUGGGGUGACUGGGCCGGGCGGGCACCGACUGUCGCCCGCGAUCUGACUAUGCGUCCGUCCAGCGGUGGCGACGGCCGGGAGGGGUGAAAUGGACGGGGUUUUAAGGGACUGACGGACCUGGGGCGAACUGAGAGACCGGUGGGCUCUGACAAAGUCAUAAUAUGACCGGCGGGAGGGCGGAACUACGGCAGGGCUGCGAUGAGACUGUCGCGGGGCUUUGGUCGGAGUGUGACGAGCCGUAACUGGAUGUGACGUGGUCGGCGUUUGGCCAGUGGAGCCGGAGUGAGAUUCUCAGCCCGUCCUCGGCGUGUGGCCGUGUUCAAAGGGCGGCUUUGUGAAGCGGGUUGGUCAAACCGCGUCCCGCCCCGACCACCGACCGACAGGCAAAUCACCGAGUGGACACAAUUAGCUGUUUACUGCCGCGAGGCUCCCUCCACAGGAGCUAUCAGUUUUGUAUGCGAAUUAAGACUUUUGCAAUCGUAUGUCAAAAAUCAUGAAAUGUAGACAGGCGACGGCCAGAUCAUGAUAUUCCAUCUCUGGGUGUUUCACGACUGUUCGCGAAUACCUCAUCUCAAAUAUCUCAAGUAGGCUACAAAGGAGCACAAUCAAUUUGCAUCUGCGUAUUAUGUUCCAUGAUGGUGUUGAGCAGUGAGCUCUUUCCAGUGUACGUGAAAAACCAUAUUUAAGCGUGUGCAUUUUAAUACAUAACGUGACUGAU